AAUAAGUAGUUUACGUAGCUCUUGAGAAUACACGGAACCAACUGUGUGCUCAUUGAAGUGACAGAGCUAAGAAAGGAAAGGUCGUAGAUUAACUGUUCUAUUAGUUUUGUUUGCAGCUCUUGCCUGCUUUUUCGCUGUUCAAACUCGACUAAACCUAUCAAGCCGUGCCAACGACGAGGAAUGGAUAUUGUGCCAGUCAAAUGUGGAAGGAUGGUUCAAAGUAAUUAACUAUCGGACGGGGACAGGGAAGGUGGCGCAGCGAUGGACAAGGACGCACUCUACCAGUGCGAACUCAUCCAGAAUAUGAUCGAGAUUUCCAUCUCUAGUUUACAAGGACUCCGAACCAAAUGCGCUGCAGUGAGCGAUCUUACUCAGCAAGAAAUACGCACUUUGGAGGUGAAACUGACUAAGUACAUCUGUAAGCAGCUGCAGUGUAAGCAGAGAGUGCCUGAGAGACAGAGGACCCAGGCCCUGGCCAGCUACCCUCGACUGGGAGACUGGCUCUGCACCAUCAACCUCAGACCUGAACUCAUACAGGCUGUACCAGUGAAGCUGUCCCUGGAUGCUUUGCUGCAGAUGUCCAGUUGUCAGGUGCAGGACACCAUGAGACAGCUGGGCUCUGAACCAGAGGAGUGCUCCAGACUCACUGCUGCCCUCUCCUGCCUAAAGAGUGCCAGUGGGGACAUCAGGGAAGACCCAGGAACCAGUAUAUCAGAGCCGCCCCGCCGUGACAGUAACACCUUACCUUCUCCGGACCGUCGCCCCUCCACUCCCACCACCCUACCCCGUGGCUCCAUCCUCAGUCCGCAUACCCACGCCCGUUCUGUCUCUGUGACUGUCGUACCCUGUGUGGACGAUAAGGGGCAUCAAGUCUACACAGGAGGCAUGUUGGACGCUUUCCCCUCCUCGCCUCUGCUCCUCUCCAAUUCCCCUCCCUCCAAGAGACGCGCCAAGCACCCUCCACGCACGUCCCCCUCCCGAAAAUUGCUGCAACUCCCCUUCAAUAUCACCCUCACACGCAGCAAGAGCCACGAGUCACAGCUGGCCAACCGCAUAGAAGAGCCAGUGCCCAACAACAAGGGUGGGAAGAAGAACAAGCUGCUCCUGAAUGUGCACAUUAACAGUAGCAGUGGGAACGGGUGUGAAGACUCCACCCGGACCCCUGGCCCAGCCACCGCCCCCUACACCCUCCCAGGAACCCCUACGCUGCUGGAGCAUAACCUAGCAUUGCACCGGGGGUCUCCACAGAUGAUGAGGAGGGAUAUCGGCCUCUCUGUAACACACAGGUUUUCAACCAAAUCCUGGCUCUCACAGACAUGCCAGGUGUGUCAUAAGAACAUGAUGUUUGGUGUUAAAUGCAAACACUGCAAGUUAAAGUGCCAUAACAAAUGUACCAAAGAAGCUCUUCCCUGCAGGAUAUCUUUUCUCCCACUCCCGCAAAUCCGCCGGGCAGAAUCCGUACCGUCAGAUAUCAAUAAUCAAAUUGACCGUACGGCAGAGUUACCAAUCCAGUUUGGCACUUUACCUAAGGUGCUAACCAAAAAGGACUACCCUCCCAUGCUGAGUCAGAUGGAUUCCAGCAGUAACCCCUCCUCCACCACUUCCUCUACACCCUCCUCGCCCACCCCCUUCCAGCAGAACAACCCCCCCAGCGUCACCGCCACGCCGCCCCCCAACCCUUCGCCCGCCCCCCAAGGGCCCCGAGACAGCCGCUUCCACUUCCCAGCUGGCUGUUAUUUACAACCUAGACAACAGUUUAUCUUCCCUGAUGUUUCCUCUUCACCGUAUCCUGUUGGACUACACUCUGAAGGCCACCAUGACACUGGAGACACACAGCAGCUGGCACAAUCAGAACCUCCAUGUCAAGGACAGGAAUGUGGAGCGGAAGAGGAGGAAUACCCAGGAGAGGAGGAUGAGGGAAACGGUAGCAGGGAGGGCAGAGAGAAGGGCCACUCAAACGGAGAGUGUGAUGGGGAUAAGAUAGAGGACCUGCCCAGCUACCGGGGCCGACUGGCCGGUGGCCAAUGGAGGGGGCCCAUCUCCCGUAAGGCCAGCCAGACCAGUGUAUAUCUGCAGGAGUGGGACAUCCCCUACGAGCAGCUGGAGCUGGGGGAGCUCAUUGGCAAGGGCCGUUGGGGGAAGGUUCAUAAGGGGCGCUGGCAUGGAGAGGUGGCCAUUCGGCUGCUGGAGAUAGAUGGUAAUAACCAGGACCAUCUGAAGCUGUUUAAGAAGGAAGUGAUGAACUACAGACAGACCCGCCACGAGAACGUGGUCCUCUUCAUGGGGGCCUGCAUGGCCCCGCCACACCUCGCCAUCAUCACCAGUUUCUGCAAAGGUCGGACACUAUUCUCUGUUGUAAGAGAUGCCAAGAACACGCUAGACAACAACAAGACAAGGCAGAUCGCUCAGGAAAUUGUUAAGGGUAUGGGCUACCUUCAUGCUAAAGGAAUCGUUCACAAGGACCUGAAGUCCAAGAAUGUGUUCUAUGACACAAACAAAGUGGUAAUCACAGACUUUGGCCUUUUUGGAAUGUCCGGAGUGGUACAAGAGUACCACAAGAGGCAAGAGAACGAGCUGAGGCUCCCUCAUGGCUGGAUCUACUACCUGGCCCCUGAGAUCGUCCGCAGGAUGGGCACUGGGAACCAUGAGGACCGCCUGCCUUUCUCCAACGCUGCAGACGUCUAUGCCUUUGGCACCAUUUGGUAUGAGCUGCAGGCCCGUGGCUGGCCACUCACCAACCAGCCGGCAGAGGCCACCAUCUGGCAGGUGGGCAGUGGAGAGGGCAUCAAGAAGGUCCUGGCAAAGGUCAGCCUGGGCAAGGAGGUUACGGAGAUACUGUCUGCCUGUUGGUCCUUCAAGCUGGAAGAGCGUCCCUCCUUCACCCAGCUGACUGACAUGCUGGAGAAGCUGCCAAAGCUCAACCGCAGGCUCUCUCACCCAGGACACUUCUGGAAGUCAGCCGAGUAUGUAUCCUAAAGACCAGGAUCCCAUUUGAGAUAUACUGAAUAUACUUACUGUGUGUGUAAUAUAUAUAUAUAUAUAUAUUACUACUUCUGCAACGUCUAUGGGGAUGCCACUCUGAUGGUUUUGGGCUCUCAUGGCUGGAUGUACCUGUUGAUCCCUGUCCCUCCAGUGAUGUCACAUUGGAUGGAGCAGGGAGAACAGGUGGUGUUUAUAUGAGUGUGUGAAUAAGAAUGUGUUUAUGGUGGAGGGGUGUAGCCAUCCGAUAAACCUGGGCCUACUGUAUGUUUUUUUUGUAGGACCUUUGAUUUAAAUAACUAAAAUGGAUGAAUGUGAUGCAAAUUACCAGCUUUAUACAGUGAGAAGAAAUGUCUUUAAUAGGGAAUUUUUGCUAAAAACAAAUUUUUAAGUAAAAGUUGAACAGGACAAAAGGUUUGGUUUCUUCAGUGAAAGAUGAUAAAACUAAACUCACAUCAUUUGGUUCUGUGUCUUGUUGUGGAAUGCUGACAACAGUUUGAAUGUAUGUUGAAACUGUUAGGUUUGUGACUGUUCAUUUCAGCACUGAUUGUUUUGAAUGCCUAAAUCUGGCCAUGUUUUAAAAGAGAGGAUACUUUAUAAUAGCACCAACCCCUACCCCUCUCCCUGUCUCUGCUGUCCAUCUCUGUGGGCAGUGAUUGGAGGCUUGAGUGUCCCACCCUUCUGUGAAUAUUUCUGUCAUACCUCUCUUGUCAUCUCUGUUUGGGUCUCACUCCCUCCCUCCCUCUUGCUCUUCCACUUCCUCUCUGGGUGCCGCUGCUCUCUCCUGGAUGACCACUGACUGACUCCACCUGUUCCUGCUCCACUUCACCCUCCCUGUCUCCCUUGGACCCCUCCUCCUCCUCUUUACUUCCACCCCCCUCAAACUCCCUCCCCAACAUCAACUCUUGUUUCCCCAAAUUAUUUUUUCCCUCCUCCACUCCUCUCCUUGAUCUAUCCCAUUAUCUUUCUUCUUCUCUCCUUGCUCUCUGUGUGAAGGCCCUGGGUUCAUCAUCAUUGCCUGUGGGACCAUUGCAGUCAGGGUCUGCAGUUUCGCUGCGCCUACAUAUACAAAUAACACACAUCUCAGUGACAACCGGUGCUUAUCAAUCCAUAGGAAUAGCCUGUUUGGUAUUAGAUUCAGAGGAAUUCAGAGGAAUGGACAACCCAGCAGAAUGACUGGUACCACAGCCAAUUGUGCCACCAAUAUAUAGAGUCAUGUAUCAUUGUCAACUUGUUAAAUGUACCAUAAUGCACUGCCUGGGUUGUUUGUUGUUCUCUGCCUAACUUCAGUUUGUGUAUUGAGAUUUUGGUGCUAGUAGUGGCUAAUGCAAACAGUCUUGUCUAACCACUUGCUUUCUUUGAAUUUUCCUCUCUUUCUCUCCUCUUUUUUUCCCUCUCUCUAUUUCUCUCUCACCCUACAACUUAGGUUGUAGCCUUCAGUAUGCAAGACGAAGUAAUAAUGAGGUUCAUUGUAAGAUGUUGACUUGCCUCUUGUGCACUCUUUGUGUGCCUGUGUCAGCCUGCUUGUUUGGUUGGUUGCUGAAUGUAAUGUGCUGGAUAACCACAGAUGAACCCUGUGAAAGACUGCAGUGAUUUAAUGUUAGCAGUGAUAACAAAGAUAAAUGUAUCUGCUAUAUAGAUAGAAUUGUUUUAUUUAAUGUACAGAUAAAAUAAAUGUUGUGUACAAAGUUUUUACAUUACAUUAUAGGUACUUCACAUUUAAUUAUGUAGAGCUUUUAAACAUUUUUCCCCUCACUAAACACUCGGUAAACAAAUUGUACAAUAUUUAAAGAUGGUUGGUGUUUAUGUCAUAAGAAUGUAUAUUUUUGUACAGAUUGUGGCUACACUCAAGGUGUUUCUGGUUUCUUCAGUGAAAGAUGAUAAAACUAAACUCACAUCA